AGCCUCUCACAGCGUACCAGGGAGUGGCUGGGACCGACUGAUUGUUUUCUUUAGGGACUGGUGUUGGGUAGUGGGCUAGAACUGUGGACACUAGUGAAGAGACACUGACUUGGGGACUAAAAACUGAGGAGACAAACACAACAAAGGAGGUUUAAGGGCUGACGUCAUGAGAGUGGGAGCUGCAGCCUUGGCUGGGGGGAUUUUUGGGGUGGCAGGGACUCUCUGUUUUCUCCUGGCUUUUGGUACAGACUACUGGCUGGUAGCUAGUGACGACUGUGACCCACAUCCAUGGCCGACGCCAACACCACUGGCAGGAGGCAAUGAUACGAAGAUCCAGCCAGUGGAGGCGGUCUCCGUGUCGCCUUCACCUCUCACUCUGCACCACGAGGGCUUUUUCUGGCGCUGUGUGUUUCAGGUGGAGCCCACAACACAUGCAGUCCUGGCCACUCUCUUCACAAACCAGCCAGAGUCCAAGGUGUGUAUCCCUGGAUACCUCUUCCCGCUACCGGUUGCGCUUGGACAAGUUCCGCAUCCGAGUUAUGAUCCUACAGCAGUGUUUCGGGGUUUCUGGACCGUGCUGAUUAUCAUCGGGCUGGUCUUGGCUCUAUCUGGAGGCUUCCUCUUGGUCUGUGGCGUCCCCUUCAUCAGCUACAAGCUGCACAAGCUGGGCGGGGCCUUCCUCAUCGCCGCUGCCUGCUUGUUCCUGUCCGUGCUCCUGCUCUACGUGCUGUGGAUGGAGGCGGUGGACGUGAAGCGGUACAUCCUGCAGGAGAGGGGAGAGAUGUGUCCAAAGGUGCAGGUGUCGGUGCUCUAUGGCCUGUCGUUCAUGGUGGCGGCGGCGGGCGUGCCCCUGGAGCUCGUCUCUGGCCUGGUCUUCAUGCUGGUGGGCCGUGCGCUGCAUGCCAGCAAGUGAGCGUCGGGCCAUCUGGCUCGUAGGAGAGGACUGACCUUUUUAUGUCCUGCACUGGGACUCAGCGGCACCCUUGUGGGGUGUAAAUGCUGCCUGGAAACAUACGACCAAUAUUACAGUGCCACGUUUUGGAUGUUAAAUUCAGUUUGCUAGCACUUCUUUGCUUAAUUUCUGUUUAAAAAGAAAAACAUUUGCGUAAAUACAUUCUUAUCACAUCAAGCCAUUGCUUGGUUUUAUUGAUGCCUGCAAAUGAUGAGUCCAUAGAGUAGAAGGUGAGAAAUGCAUGGAGUGAACCAGCUGUGUCCCCUGUCCUGAUUCUGGCACAGGAUCAAAGUGUGCUACAUGCAGCGGAGUGAGGUUGGAGGCAGGAAUGGCUGAACGGGCUGGAGAAAGAGGGUGGGGGUGGAGAUACGGAUAAGAGAGGUGGGGGGGCACAGAGAGAAUUGAUGUGUGUAGGGGGGCACAAGGGGGCUUUGAGAAAUGAACAGCUGUUUGUGGGUUUGGUUGGUAUACAGCAGGGCAGCCACCUGCCUCCUUCACCCCAAUCACAUUUCACUGCCUCCAUCAGCCUCGCAUGCCUCAUUGUUUCUGUCUUAUUUCUCUGUAUUCCACCUAUUUAAAUAAAGUUUAUAUUCACUGUC